AUGGCGCCUGUAAAGAUCAAGAACGAGUCGCCCAAGAAGACCGAGGCCCAGAUCAUCGUCAGCCUACAAGAGCAUAUCAUCGUCCUCGAAAUGCGCCUGCGGAAGAAGCUGAAGAUAGGAGAGGUCACCGAUGACGACGACAACAACAAGAACUACAACAACUACAACAACGACAACGGCAGCUACAACGAUGACGACAACUACAACGACGACAACGACAACGGCAACGAAUACGACGAAGACGACGACAAUGACAGCAAAGACAGCGAUGACGACGAUGACGGCGAUGUCGCUCCAAUAUUCUCUAACACCUCCGACACCCAGCUCGCCCUCCGCCUCGAUGGCGUCACCCGUCAACGCGAUCAAUACAAGGGCGCAAUCGAGGUUGGCCUUGUCGAGAACACCAAGCUCCGCGAAGAGCGCGACCACUACCGGGAUCUCUACAUGGGAGUGGUUCGCUCUACCGGCAGCGCCAACACCAACAGCGUCGGUAACAACAACUUCCUCAAGAUCGAGUCGAACUCUACCCACUACCACAUCAACAUGGCUCAGGAUAGCAACCCCUUCAGUGGCUUCGUCAAGGCGCCCAAACCCAGCGAGCCCAGCGAGCCCGAGGUCAAGCGUCCGACAUACGGCGACCAGUGUCUUCGCGAGAAGAGGCGCAAGCCUUGUCGCAAGACUUCAUGUCCCUACUGGCACCGUUCCCAAGGCGCGCGUUUCGCUGCCAUUCGCCCUACUCUCUUCUCCAACAAGGCUGCCGAGAACCGAGCUCAGCGCCGCUGA